AGCCCAGAAUGUAAUACCAAGAAGAACUGACAUGGAUUGGUGCUCACGAUUAUUGUUUUGUUUUGUUUUUUUGAUUAAGUUGUGGAUACUUAUGUUCAGAAAUUCUCAAAGAAUGCACCCGAGGAUACCAUCAACGAAUUGUCUGCAUUGGCCGAAUAUAUCACAAAAGUACAAUCCCACCCUUCAAAUAAGAACUCUUGCACACAUCCGUUAUUUGAGUCUAUUGCAACGAUCUAUAAGGAAAGCAGAAGUCAUGCAAAUCCGGUACCAAAAUCGCAAGAUGCAAAUAUCGAACCUCAAGUACAUGGUCUAGCGGAUAGCAUAUACCUACUAUCUCCCUCGUAUAUCGACCACAAAGAGCGAAACAUUGCGUGGAUGGCUUUUGCAUACUGCACUAUACAUGAUAAGGCAUUAUACCCAAAACUCGUCGAAUGGGCUACCAACCAAAUCCGCGAUCAUCUCAAGAACUCAACCGUUAUAUCCGUCUAUUGGCGAUGUUAUAUCGACGCAUUGACGAUCGUAACCGCAUGGCUGUGUUAUGCUACGAUCUUGCUCGAAUGGCUCUUUUGAAGGACAACCUCCCGCUUUUGUUCGUCAAUGUUGCACUGGUGUGGCGCGACAUGCUGAUGUUUAACGACAAAAAGGCAUUAGAUGGCAUGCAAAUGAUCACAAAGGUUAUCCAAAGCGCGUGUGCUGACUUUUGUCAGAACGAUCCAAAAAUUACACAGACCUACAAACUUCUCGUAGAGUUGUGCGGUUGGCCAGCCUUGAAGGAAUCAAUUCCCUUGCCACGACGCCUUAAAGAAUUUUCUGGGAUUCUUCUUUCAGACCUAUACAAACAACUUGCUGCUGUGCAACCAGUAGAUUCAUUUGACGAUCUGCGAAUCAACAUGGUCAAGGCGUUUGAGUUGACUUAUUACCGGAUCAAUGAUUGGAAAAUUGUUUAUGAAGACUUUAUAUUACCUGUCCUUUGGCAACAUAUGAACGAUCCACACCUUGCUGACACAUGUUUGGAGUUGAUGUGCUUACUUGUACGAACUGGAAUGUCUGCACAACCUUGUGAUCAACCGCGGCGUAUCCGGUCGGCGGCGGCGAGAGAACCUGAACAUAUUGGAAUAAUUACGAUCAGAAACAAGCUGAAAGAGGCUCUUCAUAUCACUGCAGACUGCUCAGAUGACGACUUAAUUUUGCAGACAACCGCAGCAAAAGGCCUCAUGGUGCUUUCAAAUGAGCAGAUACAGUUAGCCCUGCCAGUUGUCAUUUGGUAUCAAAACAUCCCCGAUCGCGUUCGUCAACAACUACCCUCUCAUUUGGAACAAGAUAUCCGCACACUUACUGAUGUUUAUAAAAGAGAGAUCGAACCCCUUGUAAAAAGAAAAGGCUCAAAGUAGCACUGCAUACGUAUACAUAUUUUUAGCAUAUUCCCAUCCUCCAUAGUUUUCUCAUUCAUUCGCAGAAAAGAAAAGAAAAAGUUCAUUGUACAGUCAAAUAUAUCAUUUUUUACAAAAAAUUAUCAGCAAAGUUAUUGAAUGCAUAUGCUUGUAGCUUUUGGUUCUGAGAGUUGAACAUGGUUUAAUGCAACCGGAGAACGCGUGAUUAAAGUAUUUGUCACACAUAACGCCCGGGCUUCAUAUUUCGAGGACAGGGUAGUAGAAUCUAGAAUCAUGGCGUAGGGGCACAUGCGAACCAACAGCUGUAAGAGAUAACUAGUAUAUAUGUAGUCAAAUAGGUAAUAGGUGCUGUCGUAAUGGAGGAGACUUAUAUAGAUGAUAUG